UCAUGCCGAAUGUCAAUCAAUUGUGGUUUUUGGUUCGUUUCGUUUCUUGUGAUAUUAUUUGUACGGCUUUUCUAAAAAUAUACGAAACAGAUAACUUGUUCGCUAUGCAUUUCAAGUUAGCUUUGUAAGAAAUGUUUGACGAAGUAUCAUAUAUUUAAUUGAAAUAACCUACUUACAUAUUACGUGCACCUUCGAAAAGUUAUUUAGUCAAUAUGCAUGUGCGAGUUCGACUCUUCGGUAAACCCGAUGCAAUCGUAGUUGUAGAAUCGAAACUGACAAAGAUCGACCAAUUUCGUCGUAUUAUCAAAGAGAAAUUUGAUGUUCAACCGAAACUGCAAAGAUUAUUCUACGGUGGAAAGUUGUUAGAAAAUGGAUAUACGUUCCACGACUACAACAUCAAACUCAACGAUGUUAUACAACUCAUGGUUAGAGCAGAACCUGAAGAAAGCUCUGAUAAGCCUGAAUUUGAAAAAGUUAAGAAUGACCAAGGGGAAGAUUCUCCCAAAACACAAGAAAAAGCUAUUUAUACAGAUGCUGAGAGUUCCCUUUAUGCUGUUGGUGACUUAAUUGACAUGAGAGACAUGGAACAGGGUGCUUGGUUUGAAGGAAAAAUUGUCAGGAUAGUGCUAGAUCCCAAAGUCCUGCCAAAAGAGAAUAAUACUACCGACACUGAAGUUACAACUAUUAACCAUAAGUUUGAAAGUAAUGACAAACAAGAAAAUUCUGAAAAUAAGCCUCCUGUGGAACCCAAUGAAGACAGCCAAGCAAAAUCUAAGAAGAAAGGGAUUGCUAAGUAUUUCUCAAAAUCACCAAAAAGUAAAAAGAAAUCGAUUGAGAACCAGAAUAAUAAUCGACCCAGCAAUAGUGAUAUGAUUGAAGAUUCGGAUUUACUAUUCAAAGUGGAAUUAGAAUCAGAGGACAAUGAGUCUGAACACUACUGCAAGUUAAAAGAUAUUAGACCAAGAGCAAGGACUGUUAUAGACAUAAACAAGUUAAAAGUUGGCCAAAAAGUGAUGGUCAACCAUAAUACUGAAGAUAUUUCUGAAAAAGGUUAUUGGUAUGAUUUCAAAGUGGAUGAGAUAAAGAAGCAAAGAACAAAUUAUGAAUUAGUAGGAACACUAUACCUUGGACCUGAAGCAGUGCCUCAAAAUGAUACUAAAGUGAGGGUCAAUGACAAAAUUUUUGCCAUUGAAGAAGUUGUGGCUCUAGCAGAUAGAUCAGAAGUGUAUAAAAAGCUAAUGAUUACACCUCCAGAUAAAAGAGCACAGCCUCUGGAAUGUUUAACUUGUAGAGAUGACGAGGACGCGCCUUGCCGCGACUGCGGCUGCUUCGAAUGCUUGGGGAAGGAAAACCCUGAAAAGAUAGUAUUAUGCGACGAAUGCAACCAUGGCUACCACAUGGACUGCCUGAAGCCAGCAUUGAAGGAGCUGCCCGAGGACGACUGGUAUUGCCCGUCAUGCAAACGGGACACCAAGGAGGUCAUUGCCCCCGGAGCCGCCAAGCAGACAAAGAAAAAUAAUGCUUCUAAGAAAGACUGGGGACGCGGGAUGGCUUGUGUUGGUAAGACGAAGACGUGUGCCAUGCCGCCGAACCACUUCGGCCCCAUCCCCGGGAUCGAGGUGGGGAUGUGCUGGCGAUUUCGGAUACAGCUGUCUGAGACUGGUGUCCAUCGCCCACCAGUGUCGGGUAUUCACGGUCGGGACGUGGAAGGAGCGUACAGCAUAGUUCUUUCUGGCGGGUAUGAAGACGACGUGGACAACGGCAUAGAGUUCACGUACACGGGCAGCGGAGGCCGGGACCUCUCCGGCAACAAGCGGACAGCUGAGCAGUCCUGCGACCAGACCCUCACCAGGGAGAAUAAAGCGUUAGCGCGCAAUUGCGCAGUGAAGCAGAUCAGCGAACAAGGCGGCGACGCGGGCGCAGAAUGGCGCGGCGGGAAACCUGUGCGCGUCGUGCGCUCCUACAAGAUGAUGAAGCAUUUCCCCAAGUAUGCGCCCAAGGAAGGGAUCAGGUACGACGGGAUAUACAAAGUGGUGAAAUAUUACCCGGAGAAGGGUUUGUCCGGGUACCGGGUGUGGAAGUACCUGUUGCGGAGGGACGACCCCAACCCCGCGCCCUGGGAGCCCGGGGCGAAGGAAUAUCCUAUCAUUUAUCCCGAUGGCUACCUAGAAGCGGAGGCAGAGAAGAAGGCUCUUAAGGAGAAGUCGAACAAAAAUGCGAAGGUCAAGAAGAGAGCGUUGCGGGAAAGCAACCGUUCCGAAUCCGAUGGUGAGGUUUCACCCCCUUCUAAGAAGCAAAAGACUGAGGAGAAGAAGAAGAAAGGAAGACCGUCGAAAAACAAAAGUGUGACUGAGAGCCCCAACGCCAAGAUUCCCAACAUGUUUGCGAAGAGUCCAAAGACUAACAAGGGUAUCGCCAAAGAGGCAGCAUUGAGUCCAGAGGAGGAAGGGGCCAUCAAAGGCGACUCCCUCAAUGAGAAAUUGUGGACUGAGUGCUUGCAAGUGUUGGCAACUGGGGGGAAGCGGGAUUUCGUCGAGCACGUGACCCAGGUGUUCCUCUGCAUCAUCUGCCAGGAGGUGGCCGUCAUCCCGGUCACCACGCCGUGCCUACACAACUUCUGUUUAGCAUGCAUAAAACUGGCAUUCAAGUCAACCGGCACACGGACUUGUCCGUGUUGUCGCAACCAACUCAACAAUUACGAACCGGAACCCAACAGCAAACUCAAAAUGGCGCUCCAGACCGUAAUGCCGGGUUACGAUGCCGGACGGUAACUUUACACCGACAUCUUGUAUGCAAUUGAAGGGAAGUGACGCAAAUAAAAGCCAUCAUUUACUUAAAAUAAUCCGAGUCUGGUGUCGUUCACCGAAAUUGUGCCAAAUGUUUAUUUCGUUCAAAGAAAUCGUACCAGACGUGUUGUUACUGAAAUAUUGUUAGGCGUGUUGCGAAUUCACUGAAUUUGCGCCAAGUGUGUUGACCACAGAAUUUGUAACAUUAUGGACGAAUUAAAUGUAGCAUAUUGACACGUUACAUUCAAUCGAUAUUAAUCCCGGUUCUAAUUUAAAUUUUCAAUUUCGUAUUGCUUUAUGUUCACUUGUUUUCACUGAGCGUUAGAACGAUAUGUAUUUUAAUAUGAAAAACGGCAAAUGACACUUCUGGGGGGUUACCUAAACUGAACUGCGUCGCAAAUUCGUACCAUCGAGUUAAUUUUUUGUAUGAAUGCGAUUCAUUUUAGGUGCCUAAAUUGAACUAAGUUGCAAUAGAAUCGUUCUGUAAAAAUUGAUGGUAGGCCUGCUGAUUCGACGUUUGAUUCAAAUUUAACGCCUAUACGCUAAACGUAGUAAUAGUAUAAUGUAGCUAAUAAAAUAUCGUAUACUCACUGUGGAAUAACACUAUGCUCAAUAUUAUCAGUUAUUUUGUUUUCAUAUCACUACUUAAGCGUACUUAUAUGUCUGUAGGCAAACUUCAGCGUCGCUGCUGUUGAAUAUAUUGGACAUUAACACGUUCCUUUGCAAAUGGAGGUAGAUAUGUCAUUAUAGAAGAAAAAAAAAGAAAAGAAAAUCUCAACAAAUAUGUGCGCUCUGAAUGGUGUAUGUUUCCAAUUGGUGUAAGUUUCAUGGGUUCAAACUAUUUGUAUUAUUACCCCGCAAGAUAAUCAUGCACUGUUCAAAAGCAUAUUGUUUUACACUGUCAAUCCUAAUGUGUCUAUCCUGUAAACAUGCAAGCAGAUUCUUCGAUAUACUAUUUUGCUUAUAUAGGUAAUUUAGCAUUAUUGUAGUGAAAAUGUUGCUAGCCCAUGUAUUUUAAGUAAAUGAAUUAGUAUUAAAAUAUAAGAGUCUGUGCGGAUUAAAAUUGGAUUGAAAUUAUUAAUAUAAUUAGGUCCAGCAAGCCGUGAAAGCGGAACAGACAGGCUGUCGUAUUUAUAAUAUUAGUGUGGAAGUAUGGAUAAAACCUUUUUGGGAAAAUGCACUUUUGUCCGAAUUUAUUCCGCGCAAUCUUGUAUGGAAUUGAGUUUAUGUGUAUAACUUAUUUCUUACACUUAAUAAUUAGGUGGCUUCAUUUCAAAGCCAUUGUAGUUAGAAAGAUAAUAAGGAAAAUGUAUGAUUUGAUUUAUGAUUUAAUUAUGAUUUUAAUAUUAAUAUCUUUUAUUCUUUUGAAGGCAUUCCGGUUGCGAGCUUUUAGCUAAGCGACAAUUUAUUGUAAAGUACAAAUAGGGCUUUAGAACUAUAGCUUAGGUAGGGAUUUAGAUAUAUUUAAUAUUAUUUUAGUUCAGUAUAACAGGAUCUGAUAAGUACCUCACCUUUAUCGUGCAGUGUGUUAUACAUGUUUCUAAGUUAAAUAAUGUUACAUUUUUAUUUUUUAUUUCAAUUUUCACCUUGUAUGAUAAUUUUGUGGAGAAAUACGUGUUAUUAUUAUGUUUUAUAAUGUUGAUAUUAAAGAUUCACCAAUUUUAUGAUGGGGUAUUUUACAAUAUGACGACACAUAAGAUAUUUUUUUUGUUAAUGACAAAAACAAUAAUUUAUUCUCUCAUGUGAGCGUGUUGUCGGUUUCCUCGGCCGUUGAGCGCUGGAACCCGGGAUCCGCUUUAAAUAGUGUUUUGUCUAAAUGCUAAAGUAUGUUUUGUCUUAAUAUUUGAAAUUGACGGAAAGAGACAAAACAUGCUAUUGCUUAAAGUAUACUUUAACUUUUUUAUGAAUAAUAAGGUUUAUGAGACGAGGUUAAUUUUCACGCAGAAUUUUUAAAUUAUAACUACUAUUUCAAUAUUAGAAAUUAAAGUUAGACCCUGAGUACAAGCAACUUUUGUCUUUCUCUCUAUUUGAGCGUUUUCCCGGUUAUUUCCUCAGCCUUAGAGUCAAAGUGGGGGAAGCUGACAUUCUGUACCGACCCCACAUAAAGAGUAGGUUAAUGAUUACAAGGAACUGGUAACCCAGGGUCCAUUUUCCUAACUUUUGUCCUUUUGGUUAAUAGUAAACUAUAGCUGCGUAUGGAUAUUUUUUUAUACCAAUUUAGUCUAAUAUUUUAUGUUACCAGAACAAUAGAAAAUAGUUUUAUCCAUAGGUUUAGUAUGUGUAUUGUUCAUAAAAUAAUUUACUCAAGCUGAAGUAUGUUUUGUAUAGUUCGAUAGUGAUAAAACAUACUUUAGCUUAAAGUAUGUUCUAACUUAUUUAUAACCGUAAAAUCAUAGUUCCAUGCCAAAUAAAGUAGUUAUUUCACUAAAUGUAGAUCGGCUUGCGCUAUUUACCCACAGAUAUAUUUUACACCGAUUUUAAUCCUGAUUAGAUGUGCUGUAUAACAACAACGCAGACAUUGUAUAGCAAUACGACGCACGUCAAUAUCAAAACCUAUAAAGAGCAACGGAACAUUGACUGUACAGAAGAAGGCGUCGCUACUGUUGAAUAAUUUUGACUUCUAUAUUUUCCGUUUUAGGGGUUGGGUCAAGUAUCCUCGUAAUUCUGUACAGUCAACUACACAUCAAGAUCCCCACGUUAACAUUGGAUUCGACCCUGUUACUCCUGCGUAGACUCAUUUUGAACUAAAAUCACUGAUUAUUGUUAGUGAUUUAUAUAUAUAACUCACACGGUAAUUAUGUUGAUAUAUAUUGUGUUGUAUAAUAAAUUUGUUUGGUAAUUA